AUGUCUAAAGGGGUACUUCGGUUUCAAAACUGCUGCUCUCGAGAACUUGAGAAACGACCGACAGCAACGGAUGCUUUGAAGGAAAUCUUGCAAAUGAAAGAAUCACAAUUCUAUGAUCUUUUCUUAAUGGAACCAAUCGAUGACCCAAAUUCGACAAAACCAAAACUUCCCUUUGGAUCAAUCGAUGACUCAGAUCUCAAUCUGAUAGCAACAUUUAAACCACAAAUAAUCUCGGAGUUCAAUAAUAAGGCUUAUCCGGGUACGGAAACAAUUCUUCAUGUUCGACAUUUCAAAACAAAUCAGUCGAAAGGAAGAUCGAAAUCGAGAGGU